GGCUGGAAAGCAUCACAACUCAGAGGGGGGUGGGGGCAGGAAGCCAAGUGGCAGCUGGGACCGGCUCGUCGUGACAUUGUUUUUUUUUUUUUUUUUUUGCGAACGUCCUGCUCUUCCAGACUGUGACACCUUCACGCUCGUCCAGGUUCAAGCAGCAUCACCGGCAUGCCCGUCCACGAAACUGACAGCAUCUUGAGCUACCAGCGGCCAGAUGAGGAGGUGGUGAUAGACCAGGGUGGGACCAGCUCGGUGCUGAACAUCCACUAUGAGAAGGAAGAACUGGAAGGCCACAGGACCCUCUUUGUUGGGGUUCGGAUGCCGCGGCAAAGCCAUCGGCACCACAAGGCUCACGGUUCUCGGCACCGUAAGAAAGACAGGAGGGCGGGAAGCAUCUCAACGCCACAAAGCGAGGGAAGUGAGAAGACACCCUGUCAUGACACGCCGUCCCAACGGGUCCAGUUCAUUCUUGGUACUGAAGAGGAUGCUGAGCAUGUGGCCCACGAGCUGUUCACUGAGCUGGAUGAGAUCUGUGUGAAGGAUGGCAAAGAUGCUGAGUGGAAGGAAACGGCCAGGUGGCUUAAGUUUGAGGAAGAUGUCGAGGACGGCGGCGAGAGGUGGAGCAAGCCGUACGUAGCUACGCUUUCUCUCCACAGCCUGUUUGAGCUGCGGAGUUGCAUCAUCAACGGCAGCGUGCUGCUCGACAUGCAUGCUGACUCCAUUGAGGAGAUAGCAGACAUGGUCCUGGACCAUCAGGAGGCGUCUAAUGAGCUGGACGACAGUGUGAGAGUUAAAGUGCGUGAGGCUUUGCUGAAGAGGCACCACCACCAAAACGAGAAGAAGAAGAACCUCAUGCCCAUCGUGCGCUCCAUUGCCGAGGGGACUCGUAAACAGUCAGAGACCCAUCUGACAGCCACAUCUCCUCAGCCUCCACCUCCGACAGAGCCGGCGAAGAACGGUGCUGGACAGGAUGCACAUCCAGUGGAUCUCAGCAAGGUGGACCUUCACUUCAUGAAGAAAAUACCAGAGGGAGCAGAAGCCUCCAAUGUGCUGGUCGGAGAACUGGAUUUCCUGGAGAGACCCAUUGUGGCUUUUGUCCGCCUCUCCCCCGCUGUGCUGCUCACAGGCCUCACUGAGGUCCCGAUACCCACCAGGUUUCUCUUCAUUCUGCUGGGCCCGGAUGGAAAAGCUCAGCAGUACCAUGAAAUUGGACGCUCCAUGGCCACCAUUAUGACAGAUGAGAUAUUUCAUGGUGUAGCUUACAAGGCAAAGGACAAGGGAGACCUACUGGCUGGAAUAGAUGAGUUCUUGGACCAGGUGACUGUCCUACCCCCGGGGGAGUGGGACCCUUCUAUCCGUAUUGAGCCACCUAAGAAUGUCCCAUCUCAGGAGAAGAGGAAGAUGCCUGGAGUCCCUAAUGGGACAGCCUACCAGGUAGAGGAAGAGCUACACGCUGAGCACCAUGGGCCGGAGCUGCACAGAACUGGACGGUUGUUUGGUGGUCUGAUACUGGACAUCAAAAGGAAGGCCCCCUUUUAUCUGAGUGACUUUAAAGAUGGCCUUAGCUUGCAGUGUGUGGCCUCGUUCCUCUUCCUCUACUGUGCCUGCAUGUCUCCUGUCAUCACCUUCGGAGGGCUGCUGGGAGAGGCAACAGAGGGACGCAUUAGUGCAAUUGAAUCCUUACUCGGUGCAUCUAUGACUGGAGUUGCCUACUCGCUGUUUGCUGGCCAGCCUCUCACCAUUCUAGGAAGCACAGGACCCGUGCUGGUGUUUGAGAAAAUCCUCUUCAAGUUCUGCAAGGACUACGACCUGUCCUACCUGUCCCUGAGGACCUGCAUCGGCUUGUGGACGGCACUGCUGUGUUUGGUGCUGGUUGCCACAGACGCCAGCUCUCUGGUGUGCUACAUCACUCGCUUCACGGAGGAGGCCUUCGCCGCCCUCAUCUGCAUCAUCUUCAUCUACGAGGCUUUGGAGAAGCUGUUCCAUCUGGGGGACAUUUACCCCUUCAACAAACACAGUAAUCUGGACAAGCUGACGCUGGCAUACUGCGAGUGUGCACAGCCUUAUCUGCCCAACAAUAAAACCUUAGAACUAUGGAGCAAGAAAAACAUCACUGCUGCUGAAGUACCUUGGGCCAACCUCACUGUCAAGGAGUGUAUGAGCCUGCAGGGACAUUUUGUCGGGACGGCAUGCGGCCCCCAUGGGCCUUACACCCCAGAUGUCCUCUUCUGGUCUGCCAUCUUGUUCUUCUCCACCUUCUUCAUGUCAGCGUUCCUCAAAGAUUUCAAAACGAGUCGGUAUUUCCCCACCAAGGUACGGUCCAUGAUCAGUGACUUUGCCGUAUUCCUUACCAUCGUCUUCAUGGUGUUGCUCGACUACGUCAUAGGCGUGCCCUCCCAAAAGUUAAAGGUUCCCAGCAAAUUCCAGCCCACCAGAGAUGACCGAGGGUGGCUAAUCAAUCCAAUAGGGCGUAAUCCUUGGUGGACGGUGUUGGCAGCCUCUAUCCCGGCUCUCCUGUGCACCAUUCUCAUCUUCAUGGACCAACAGAUAACUGCAGUUAUCAUCAACCGGAAAGAGCACAAGCUGCUGAAAGGUUGCGGCUACCACUUGGACCUCCUGAUGGUGGGGGUGAUGCUGGCCGUGUGCUCCAUCAUGGGCUUGCCGUGGUUCGUGGCUGCGACCGUCUUGUCCAUCUCUCACGUGAACAGUCUGAAGCUGGAGUCGGAGAGCUCAGCGCCCGGAGAGCAGCCUCGCUUUCUGGGCAUCAGAGAGCAGAGACUCACUGGCCUGGUCAUCUUCUUGCUCAUGGGAUGCUCGGUCUUCAUGACUGGAGCGCUUCAGUUCAUUCCGAUGCCGGUGUUGUAUGGUGUCUUCCUCUACAUGGGAGCCUCGUCAUUGAAGGGCAUUCAGUUCUUUGACCGUCUUAAGUUGUUUGGGAUGCCGGCCAAGCACCAGCCAGACUUCAUCUACCUGCGUCACGUUCCCUUGAGGAAGGUUCAUCUGUUCACGCUCACGCAGCUCACAUGUCUUGUCCUGCUGUGGGUCAUCAAGACCUCACCGGCUGCUAUCGUCUUCCCCAUGAUGGUGCUGGCUUUGGUAUUUAUCCGCAAACUGCUGGACUUUUGUUUCUCCGAUCGGGAGCUGAGUUACUUGGAUGAUUUAAUGCCUGAAUGGAAGAAAAAAAACCUUGAUGACGCUUCCAAAAAGAUUGAGGAGGAAACCCAGGUUAUGCUCGAUACCAAAAGUGAAGAUGCUGCAACUGUUCAGAUUCCCCUGGAGAGCAGUAAGCCAGUGCAGACCUCAAAGGCACAUGACCCCAGGUGUGAUCCCUCUGAUAUUAAUAUAUCUGAUGAAAUGUCUAAAACCACCAUGUGGAAAUCCCUCAACUCCAAUCAAAAGGAUUCUCGGCCUGUGUCUGCUAAAAAGGAUUGAGGAGAUUGCCUUUAUAGAUGAGUAAAGAUUCCCACAGUCCGUGCAGUUAUGCUACAAAACUGUCCAUAUGGACCUCAGGAUGUCCCCAUUUGGCUUUGGACCAUCGGCCGUCUGAGAGAUUUGGGAAAGUCCACAAUUUCUACCAGCUCCACAUAGCACUUCACAGUACUGUCAUGCAACACACACACACACACACACACACACACACACACACACACACACACACACACACACACACACACACACACACACGCGCACACACACACACAUACAUGUCUUGCCUACUUUGUGUGGACCCACGUUUGGUUAGUAGGUUGUGAGGGCCCCCCUUUCCACUAUAGCUAGAAUGAUGAAAAAAUAUAUAUCUAGCCCUAGAUGGGAGUAAAGAGUUGCAACUAGGGAUGUCCGAUAAUGGCUUUUUGCCCAUAUCCGAUAUUCCGAUAUUGUCCAACUCUUUAAUUACCGAUACCGAUAUCAACCGAUAUAUACAGUCGUGGAAUUAACACAUUAUUAUGCCUAAUUUGGACAACCAGGUAUGGUGAAGAUAAGGUACUUUUUUAAAAAAUUAAUAAAAUAAGAUAAAUAAAUUAAAAACAUUUUCUUGAAUAAUAAAGAAAGUAAAACAAUAUAAAAACAGUUACAUAGAAACUAGUAAUGAAUGAAAAUGAGUAAAAUUAAGUGUUAAAGGUUAGUACUAUUAGUGGAGCAGCAGCACGCACAAUCAUGUGUGCUUACGGACUACCCUUGCAGACUGUAUUGAUAUAUAUUGAUAUAUAAUGUAGGAAGCAGAAUAUUAAUAAUAGAAAGAAACAACUCUUUUGUGUGAAUGAGUGUAAAUGGGGGAGGGAGGUCUUUUGGGGUUGGUGCACGAGUAAGUGUAUCUUGUGUUUUUUUUAUGUUGAUUUAAUAAAAAAAACAAACAAACAAAAAAAACAAACAAAAAAAACAAAAAACGAUACCGAUAAUAAAAAAACCGAUACCAAUAAUUUCCGAUAUUACAUUUUAAAAUAUUUAUCGGACAUCCCUAGUUGCAACCUCACUUCAGAAUGCAAAACACACAAAGUAAAAAAAAUAUUUUACUUCUGUAGUUGUGAGGACCAGGCAAAUGUCCUCACAAGUCAAAAGAUCCUCACAGAAAGGGUGGUUUAUCAAGUGUAUGUCCACACAAGGACGGUGAGACAAGUGCACACACACACACACACACACACACACACACACACACACACACACACACACACACACACACACACACACACACACACACACACACACACACACACACACACACACACACACACACACACACACACACACACACACACACACACAAUGUUGUGAUUCUUGAUUGUGGAUUUGAAAUAUGAAAAGAUAGUUUUUUCAUAAUCUUUGUUUGUGUUAUCUUCCCUGAUUACCGUAAUAGCAUGCAAGUCGACUGGUGACCCAAAAGUGCACAGUUAAUACGCUACAAAUUUAUAAUACAGUGAUACCUCGCUUUUUGGUAGGAAUCCGUUCCGUAAUGUGUGUUGUACAAAAACUGAAACAAUUAUUUCCUUAAGAAAUAAAACAAAUCCAAUUCAUCCAUUUCAGACACCCAAAAAUAACACAAAACAUGUUUUAUAGUCAAUAAUUAUGGUGUUACAUGCAGAAAAUUAUGUGUAAUAUAAAUGACAAAUAACUAUAAAUUACCUGUACCGUGCUACGAGUUAGUAUUUCUCACCUUAUCAAAGUGCUGGCACUUGCAACUUUAUUUGGUCCCAUGGUGGAUUCCUUUGAAGUCAAUAAAAAACAGAGACUGAGUCGCCAAGGCGUAAGACUCUUUGUUCGGCACAUCAUUCCGUUGGCAAUGUUUGGCCGUACAAUAACCAAGACGCAAUAAAAAAUCAUUGGAAGAUUGUUGGUGAGCAUUUUCAUGGUAAAACCAAUUAUAAAUGAUAAAUGAUAAAUGGGUUAUACUUGUAUAGCGCUUUUCUACCUUCCAGGUACUCAAAGCGCUUUGACAGUAUUUCCACAUUCACCCAUUCACACACACAUUCACACACUGAUGGCGGGAGCUGCCAUGCAAGGCGCUAACCAGCAGCCAUCAGGAGCAAGGGUGAAGUGUCUUGCCCAAGGACACAACGGACGUGACUAGGAUGGUAGAAGGUGGGGAUUGAACCCCAGUAACCAGCAACCCUCCGAUUGCUGGCACGGCCACUCUACCAACUUCGCCACGCCGCCCCCUAUGAGAUGUAAGUCCUACAAAAUCCGAGGUACCACUGUGCAUUCAAACAAGUUGUAAUCAUGUUGGUGCAGCAAAAACCAUGAACCAAAAUAUCCAAAAUACAGGAUGUCUCCCGAAAGUCUGAACACAUACUGUAAGCAAACGCUCAUAUUUUCAAUUGGAAUAUUAAAAAAUAACAGCUGCGAUAUGAUUUCCAAUAUUUGUGAUGCAAAGGUUGAUGCACUUUGCAAGAUCAAUGUGGACUUGAUGCAAUACCUUCACAUUUAUUUUCACCUUUUGCAAAUGCCCAAAUUUUGUCAUUAGGAUUUAUGCAAUAUUCAGUGUGAAAUUAAGAAAACAUUUCUUCUUUCUUUUUUCCUCAACUAAAUUUCUGAUGCACACUUUUUAUUACAAUCCAAUAGGUUUCUUCCUUUGCCCUAAACUAAAGUGUGUCUUCUUGAACAAUUGGCUUGAAUAUUGGUUUAGAGUGUUAAAAUAAAAACUUUUUUUUUUUUUAGCUUUUUAUGGAUGCGUCAAUUAUUCGUAGUGUUUUACCACUCACUGGGUUCUGGGAAUGAAACCCUCGCGAAUUGCAGGGAUCUACUUGAUUAUAUUACCAUCGUACAGGCUGAAAUGCCCCCGUGUUGAAUGCAGACAACUUUACACACUCAUCAAAAAACCAGCAGAUUUUAGUAGGAAUUUGUACAAAAUGUUUAUCACUGAAUUACAUUCCCAACUGGACUCAUUUCUAGUGACAUGUUUCCAUAAUACAGUCAGUGUCUCCCACUGGACUGCAAGGUAUUUGUGGUGGUGGGUUGGUGGGGUCUAACUUCCAUAAUUGGCCAUGACACAUGUAGUUUUAACAGAGGCUGUGGUGACAAAAUGUAGGCAAACAACAUGACAUCGCAAGCAGGACGUAGCAACCUGUGAAGGUGUUGGGAAGAAAGAUGCGCGCUUUCAUGCUCCAGUCUCCUAAAGUGACUAAUAAGAUCAGAAAAGGUGACUACCGUAUUUCCCGGACGAUAGAGUGCACCGGUAUAUAAACCGCACCCACUAAAUUUUCUAUGUAUUAGCUGCACGGGACUAUAAGUCACAGACAUACGUUGUGAAAUUAGUUGUUAACACAGAAAUAUUCUGCAAAUGUUUAUUUACAUACCUUAAUUGUUUCCAAACGGCAGUAAAACAGCUGAUCCAACAAAACAAAAGACAUCGCCAUGGACCCACUAGCUGCGGAAGCUAGCUCUCCAAUCAGCUAAACAGACACAAUAAGUCCACGAUGACGUUUUGGUAUAUUUACAAAACUGGAACAAUAUAAACAGAUUGCCAUUGUAAGUUAAUAAUACUAACACCGAUACUCGUAAACGUGUUAGCAUAUUAGCCAAUGCUAAUGACACAAGCUUGAUUAUGUUACGUAGCAUGUACAAAUAUCCAUGAAAACACUCCUACUGACAUCAAACAUGGGACAGUUUAGUAAGUGGGAAACGUUUUGGUUAUAUUGUAAAAAUUACAAACGUUGCUUGGAGUGAUGAAUAGGGAUGUAAACCGAGUUCCGGUAUUUUUUGGUACCGGCUCCUAAUUAGGGCGGUCCAUGAGGACCGUGAAGAUUCUGGACUAUCCAGCUGACUGAUGUAAUUAUGACAAAAUGUCACAUUCAGUUCAGCUGCUGCUGCACAUAAAAUCAGCUUUGAAUAAAGACAAAUAAGGAAGCAACACCACACAAAAGUUUGUAACACAACAAUGUUUCCUCCUCCAAAGUUUCUCAAAGUCACGCACGCUGUGUCAGUUUGAAGUGAACACAUUUUACUCACGAUGAGUCACGACCACGUUUUAUCAACCAUCCUCCUAGCGAUCCAUUAAUGCACAGGCCAAUAAUAAUCCACUCAAAAACGGGAAAAAUUUAGGUAAUAUAAUAAUUCAUAGAGUUGCUUUGAAGAUAGCAUCCGCUGUGACUGACAGGUCUCUGGUUGCCGUUUGAUGUCUCUUCAUUGAGCAGGGUUACAUUCAAUCAAUCAAACUUUAUUUAUAAAGCACUUUUCAUACAUAAAAGAAAUGCAACGCAAAGUGCUUUACAGACUCCGAUAACCCAGAUUCCCUACUAUCACAUACGCACACACGCACGGACACAAAUACCAAACACACACACACACACAUAUGCAACUAUAUGAACAAAUGAAUGCAUGGCUGAGUACAGAAGAGACAUGUGAGUAAACACUAUCACAGGAGCCAUCUGCACCAGGGGGUCAUCAGACCAUGGCUACCAGGACGCAGACACAAAGCACCCUCACAGCACGGCCGAUAACCCCUGAGGCACAUGGCUCCCUCUGAAGAACCCUGGAAAGCAUUAGUAAUAAAACCUGUAAAAUAGUAAGAACCAUGAGGAGAGAUAAAGGAUAAAAUACAAGUAAGACAUAUGAAGAUAAACAAAUUGAAAUCAUAAAUGAAUAAAAAAUAAAAUGAAUAUACAGGUACAUUAAAUAUAUAAUAAAUAAAUAUAACUAAAUAAAAUCUUGCAUAACUAAUAAGAUAAAAAGUAAAGUACAAAUUAGUUAAAUAAAAUUUAUAAAAAUAAAAAGCCAAAUCAAAAAGGUGGGUCUUAAGCCUGCUCUUAAAAACAUGAACGUUCUCCGCAGCCCUGAGGUCCUCCAGCAAGCUCUUCCAUAGACGGGGGCCAUAAUGAUGGAAAAAUGCCAUCCCGUGACUUUGUGUCCUGACUUUUGGAAUAAUUAGGAGAUGAGUGCCGGAGGAUCUCAGGGCCCGGGAAGGUUCGUAGGGUAAAAGCAAAUCUGAAAGAUAAGAAGGCUCAAUACCAUAAAAACAUUUAUAAACCAUAAGAACCUUAAAAUUAACUUAAAAAAACAGGCGUUGAUUAAAGACUUUCCUGCUCUGUGAUGUUACAGGUGUUCAACCUCUUAUGCUAAUAGAAUUGUAAUUAAAAUGCAUUUUUUCACAUCUUUAUUUCCACAAAUUACAGAAGUUCCCUUGUGAAUCAAUAAAGUUUGUCUAAGUCUAUAUACAAACCCCAUUUCCAUAUGAGUUUGGAAAUUGUGUCAGAUGUAAAUAUAAACGGA